UCACUCACCAACUCUUUCUCUCCUCCCCCAGGCGAGGGUCGCGCCCCCAGGAUCACCGAACACCCGAGCAACUGGACUGUCCCGAGAAACGACCCCCUGACCCUCAACUGCGGCGCGGAGGGCAGGCCGGACCCCGUCAUCAAGUGGUUCAAGGACGGGGCGCCGCUCAAGGACUCAUCGCACCGCAUCAUCCUCGGCGACGGCUCCGUGUUCUUCCUCAAGGUGACGCAGAGCAAGCGGGAGAAUGACGCCGGCGUGUAUUGGUGCGUGGCGCAGAACAGGCUCGGAAGUGCUCGCUCGGCUAAUGCCUCCAUCCAGAUCGCCUUUCUUCGUGAGGACUUCCGCGCGUCACCGUCAGGGGCGCGCGUGGUGGCCGGGGAGCGCGCCGUGCUGGAUUGUUCCCCCCCACGCGGCCACCCGGAGCCCCUGGUAUCGUGGACUAAGGACGGUCACCCCCUCACCCUCGACGACAGGGUGUACGUGGAGGAGGGCGGGCGGCUCGUGCUGACGGAGACGCUGCAGACGGACGAGGGCCGCUACGUGUGCUCGGCGUCCAACAUGGUGGGGACAAGGACCUCCCCGCCCGCCAUCCUCGCCGUGCUGGUGCGGCCGUUCUUCGUGCGGCUGCCCAGCGACGUGACGGGUGUAACGGGCGGCGAGGCCAUCCUGCGGUGCCGCGUGGGCGGGUCGCCGCGGGUGCACAUCCUGUGGCGGCGGCACGAUGGCCGCAUGCCCGUGGGCCGCGCGCGCCUGGACCCCGACUCGUCCCUCAAGAUCAAGGACCUCACGGUGCAGGACGCCGGCGUGUACAUCUGCCAGGCUGAGAACUCCGUGGCCACCGUGGUGGCCAACGCCACGCUGACGGUGUACGACCCGCCCCAGCUGGUUUCCGGCCCCGUGGACACCGCCGCCAUCCUCAACACCACCGUGCGGCUGCCCUGCUACGGCCGCGGCACGCCGCCGCCCACGCCCGUCUGGACCCACUCGUCGCUGCCGCAGCAGCCGGUGGGCUCAGGCUGGGUGUCCGAGGACGCCCACGUGGACCGUGACGGGACGCUGGUGCUGACGCCGCAAACGUCGGCGCAGGGCGGCACGUGGACGUGUUCUUUGGUAAGCGAGGCGGGCGUGGCCCACGCCCGCGCUUGGCUCACUCUGGUAGCCGCCCGCCACGCCCCGCCUCCCAUCAUCACCAUCCCGCCCUCCAACCAGACGCUUCCCGCCCGCACGCCCACCGUCCUGCACUGCCGCGCCCAGGGGCCGCCCAAGCCCACGGUGACGUGGUACCGCGGCGCCGCGCCCGUCAGGACCGACGGGGAGAGGGUGACGCUGGACCCGAACGGCGACCUCAACAUUGCAAGCCUCCAUGAGACGGACAGUGGCCGCUACACGUGCUUGGCGCAGUCGUGGGCGGGGUCAUCGCAGAGGUCGGUGUCGCUGCUGGUGGUGGGCGGCGACGACCCUCAGGCGGCGCGCAGCUACAAGGUGACGCCCGCCCUCAGCGCCCUGCCCGCCCAGCCCACCCGCCCGCGCGUCAGUGACCUCACCAACGCCUCCGUCACGCUGGUGUGGGCGCCGCCGAACACUGUGGGCGACGCGCCGCUGCUGGGCUACACGCUGGAGUCCUACACAUCGGAGGGCGAGGCGCGGGCGGGCCAGUGGCGGGUGGUGGCGCGCGGGCUGGUGCGGACGCGUUACACAUCCCCACUGGAGGCCGGCCGUCCGCAGGUGUUCGUGGUACGCGCCGAAAACUCGCUGGGAAAGUCUCCGCCGUCCCCGUGGUCCCAGGUGGUGGUGGUGGGCGUGGGUGGCGCGGGGGAGGGCGUGGCAACCCGGGUGGAGCACACGCCCUCCCUGCUGGGCCGCCGCCUCAACCUGACGGCGCUCAACACCCUCUCGGCGACUACCAUGAAGGUCACGUGGCAGGUAACCGGCGCAGGCACAAGAAUGGAAGGCGUUUACGUUCACAUCCGCCCACGCCGUUCCCUCCACGCCCUUCACCUUGCACCCCACGUCACCUCCUCCCCUCCAACCACCACCCCUUCUUCACCUGCCACCACCUCAACACCCUCCUCCUCCUCGUCUUCCUCCUCGUCCUCCUCCUCCUCCUACACGCCCUGGGAUACCGUGACAGUCAUGAACGCCGGCGCCUCCAGCUACGUUCUGAACGGCCUGACCCCCAACACUGAGUACGAGGUGUUUCUGGUGCCCUUCGUGAGGUCAGAGGAAGGGCUGCCAACAGAACUGAGGGUCAACACGACGCUUCCUGACGCGCCCACCGGCCCGCCCCAGGAGGUCUCCGUUCACCUGCUCAACCUCACCUGUGCUUACGUCACCUGGAGCCCCCCGGAAGCCAGCCAGCAGCACGGCCCCAUCACAGGUUACCAGCUCCUGGCCAUGGUGAACGGCACAACGACAUUCCUCAACACCACCGUCAACGCCUCCACCUUCGCCUACAAGCUGAUGCCGCUCACGCCGGGCCACGUCUACUCCAUCAGCCUCGCCGCGAUGUCCAAGCUGGGCGAAGGGCCGUCCUCGCAGCCUCUCCGCCUGCAGACCGACCCGGCGCUGCUCAACCCGCUGGCCAACCGUCACGCGGGCUCGGAGGGCGUGGUGCGGGAGGCUUGGUUCAUCGUGCUGGUGGGCGGUGCUAUGUUCCUCCUCCUGCUGGUGCUGGUGGUGCUGCUGUACAUACGCCGCGUGCACUACAAGGCCUCCCAGCUGCCCUCCCUCAACGGCUCUGUAACGAAGACUAGCAACUUGGCGAACUUCUACGGCGGCGAGAACCUGUGGCCGGAGUCUGGCUGGAAACCUGGCGACGGGGAGAAGAGCGACAGCAAGCAAGCGAACGGCGGCAGCAGCGACGGUAGCGGGGGAGGCGGCGGCAGCGGGGGCGGCGCCGGCGAUAGCGUGGAGCGGAACAGGGAGCUCCUCGCCUCGCUGGCCCCUGAGUACGCCGAGAUCGACUCCCUAGGAACGUUCACGGCAGGGAAGAAAGGCGAGGUAGAUGUUGCCGCCGAGGCCUAUGCGUCCGCCUCCGUCCUGGCCGCGUGCAACAACCGCAAGAACAAGGUGUGCGAGAAGUUCCUGUCUCUGCCGCAGUGUGUUCCCCUCCUCAAAGGCUCCCACGCAUCGCACCUCCUCCAGCAACAGCAGCAGCAGCAACAGCAACAGCAACAGCAGCAGAAGUCGGACGAAUACAACGCCAAGCUCUCCAAGGAUAUGCUUAACAAUACUGACAACGAAGAGAAGUCGGUGACGGAGUCGAAGCGGCCGUUCUUCAUUGAGACAUCCUCGCCUACGCUGCUGGGAUCGUCGAGCCUGUCCUUCCACAGCGUCGGGGUGCCGCGCCUCGCCUCCACGCCGCGCCACCCCGCCCUCAGCACCACCCUCAGCGGCCACCACCUCUCCCGCCACACCCAGACCAAAGGCGCGGCCUCCCCCUACAGCGUCAACCCCUUCACCUCCCAGCCACACCUGCUGCAUAAGGGGGUGGCCUUGACCCUGCGUGACCUGGUGCCGCCGCCGCCGCCCAACCCGCCACCAGGGACGCACAGACACCGAGAGUUCUCCCGCACCAACACGCUGGAGGAGCUCCCCUACGCCUGCUACUCCUCCACGCGCGUGGCGUCGCCGCGGCCGUCGCGCACCGCCAGCCUGGAGGGCGGCGGCUCGCCAUACGGCGGCUCCACCAACACUUACCAGAGCAUCGACGGCCUCACGGACGCCCUGCACCGCGACGAGGAGACCCACUGCUGCUCCCACUCCUGCGGCCACGGCCAGUGCCACGCUCAUCACGGCCACGGCCACUCCCACGGCCACUCCCACGCCCACAGCCGCUGCGGCACAUGCGGCUCCCGCAACUCGUCGUCCUCGUCAUGCCGGCGGAGCAGCCGCUCCAGCCGCUGUGGCUACGUGCGGGUAGCGCGGGCCUCGGGCGGCUCCCUCUACUCCCUAUCGCGGCCCUGCUGCCACGACGCCGCGCGCAUCUCGCCCUUCGACUCCGCGGCGGCGGUCAUCCCCUCCCAGGCCUACCGCCCGAACUUCUAUGGGUGGGCGUCGCCGCCGGGCUCUCCCGCCCUGGAUGAGGCCCGCGUGGGGCCCCGCCGCCAAGUGUCGCUGGAGAGCGAUGCGCUGCUGAGGGGUGAGCAGACGCAGGUGUACGCCGCCAGCGGCUCCAUCCGCUCGGACGGCGAGUACUGGUGCAGCCGCGACGCCGCCAGCGUGUACGGAGGAUCCACGCGCUCCGCCGGGGGCGAGACCGGCGGCGGGUCGAGAACAGGGCAGCCGGGCACCUCCCCGGACUCCAGCGCCGUCGAGGGAGUGGCCAGCGACGCCGUCUCCUGCGGCUCCUGUGAAGAAACCGACGCGUCUUUCUACGCUGCGGGUGACAAGCAGACGAAGCUAUAAGGCCGGCGCGGCCCAGCCUCCCCGACGGAAGGGCGCCGAGACGCGUUGCGAGUACUGGCCGGCAAGGGACAGGAGUCUCCCCGCCAGGCUGCCCGGCGAGUGACUAUGCAAAGAAAGGACGCAGAGUGAGGCGUGAUGUGUGUGGCCGGUGCAGAGGCUGAUGCGAGGCCGCGCGCCUCGCUUGACGGGUCGGCGGUACGUGCGCGGCUGUGUUGGGGACAAAGUGCUCAGUCGCGUGGCAGCAAGCAACGCAGGACUCUGUGACUGUAUCAUAGCAAGUAAAUGUUUUCUGUGAGUCUUAAUGAUGCUCAAAAAUAGAGGAACUGGAAGGCACUGCGUCGCGUGACGCGGCGGGGCAGCUGCCGCUCAUGUCACGUACACGGACGGGACGUGCGUCUCAUCUUCUUCUUGUGCGAGUUUAGACGUCCAGUGUCGAUUGUGUUUGAUUUACUUCUUGUAUCCAUGGUGGUGGAGGCGGACGGCCCCGCGCACGUGUAUGUGUAUGUAUGUAUGUAUGUACAUAGUGUUGGUGCCGCGCGGCGCGGCGACACCUGGCGGCGGGAUCGUGAUAACUAUGAUUUGAGGGUUAGCACAGGUAUGUAUGUGUGUGUGUGUGUGUGUGUGUGUGUGAGAGAGAGAGAGAGAGAGAGAGAGAGAGAGAGAGAGAGAGAGAGAGAGAGAGAGAGAGAGAGAGAGAGAGAGAGAGAGAGAGAGAGAGAGAGAGAGAGAGAGAGAGUAGCAACAUUUAGUUUCUUUUUCUAAGAGGUACACAAUUUUAGAAGAGUACGUAGAGAGGUUGUACACGAGAGUCAUAAAUUAAACGAUGCACGAGAGGCUGUCGGGUUAAAACAAGACACGGCAGCCAUCCAUAGGUGAUGAUCUCUAGUCACGUGUUAGGGGCGUGAGUCAGGCCGCGUCCCUGACUGAGGCACCCAAAAGGAACGCCAGUGUCGGCCCUUACGGCACGCCCCUCCGGUUGUCUGUGUGGCCGCCAGUAUUAUUUUUAUAUGACUGUGUGUGAACUGUGGACGGGAACUUGUAAAAAAGGACCAGUGGGUAAUGUUGUGUUGCUCCUUAAAUGCUAACAAGACACUUCCCCCGUAAAGAUGUCCCGCUGUAGGAGCCGGAAGGGAACGGAACGAAACCCAGCUGAAGGAUACACAAUAUAUUAAUAAAUGAGUCAGACAGAAGGGAAUGAAACUCAGCUACAGGGUGUUAUAGACAGAAAUUACACGAUAGGUUUAUGAAGGGAAGUCGAGCGCAACGGAACGGACGGAACAUAACGGAACCAAGCUACAGGGUGUCUAAGUAACAAUACACGAUAGCUAAAUGAAUGAGGAACGGAGCGGAACGGAAGAGUGAAGCGGGUAUGAACGUAACCUACAGUGCACAGUAGCUAUAUGAAUGUGAAUAUAACGGAACGGAACAUAACGAAACCUUGCAACGGGGUGACUAUUAAGGAACACUACACACUAACUCUAUGAAUGGGAAACGAAAACGGAGUGGAACGAAUUAUAGUGGAACCUUGCAACGGGGUGACUAUUAAGGAACACUACACACUAACUAUAUGAACGGGAAACGAAACCGGAGUGGAACGGAACAGAGUGGAGCGAAUCAUAGUGGAACCUUGCAACUGGGUGACCUUCUCGGAACACACACACAUACUAUGUCUAGGCGUGUACAUAGCCCGGCCGUGGCAACAAACACAGGGCAACGUCGGUGUUCGUCGGCAGCAAUAAUAAUCUUCCCCGUGGCUCCUCCGUGUCCUGGGUGAGGCGUCUUGAUGGUCCCGCCCUUCCCUUCCCCUUCCCCUUCCCGCGGCAGCGUCAGGCCCUUCCCUCCCUCCCUCCCUCUCUCCUUCCUUGAGUCAUUCUUUCUCUCCCUCCAUCAGCGGUGUUUAAGGUGUCUAAGCCUCACCUUUUUUUUUCUUUACCUGAGAAUUGGCUUCGGUAGUUCUUGUUUGUCUUUGUUUGUAUUUUGUUGUCUUCUUUUUGAUCUUGGUUUUCAUUUUGUCUGCGUUUUUUUUUUUUUUUUCCCGUGUGCUCGUAAGGUGAAAUUCUUAUUGUUGUUGUUGUCUCCCCUGCGGAUAACAGACAGGCACGCAGCAGGUUUUUCUUUUUCUUUAUACUACGUGAGAAUUUUUCAUUUUUUCCUCCCUAACCUUGAUCCGGCCACUUUUAAAUCUACUUUGAACAAUCUGUGAAUUUUUCCAGCUUUUGUCCUCCUCCUUUUUUUUUCCCUUUGGUUCCCAGGAAGUGCUUUUUUUUGUCUUUUGUGGAUUCAUGAUUUCAUACACCUAUUCUGUAAACCAACCUGCGAUUCUACUUUUUUUCACUUUUCUAGUCUAUAUCCUGUUUUU